UGAGAUGUUAUUUGAUGAAUUUAAAGGAGGAAUAUAAGAGCUAUAUGCAGUUUAAUCCUGAUACACAUUUUCCUUUUGUAGAAUGCCCAUGUGGCCCAGUAAUGGUCUUCUUUGUUCUGGAUAGUUCUGAAAGUGUGGGGUUCCAUAACUUUACACUACAGAAGGAAUUCAUCAUCCGUGUUAUCAGCAAGAUUACAAAAAAUGGAAGAAACAAGGGAAAGGAGCUGAUUGAAACUCGUGUUGGGAUCAUUCAGUACAGCCAUGAAGGAAAACAAGAGCUAUUGUCCAUGGAUGACCCCAAUAUUAAAACCCUAGCUCAAUUUAAGAGUGCUGUAAAGAAUAUGAACUGGAUGGCAGGGGGUACUUACACUGGGGAAGCAUUAGAUCUGGCCAAGCAAACUUUGGAGGAAUCGGUCCUUACACACAAAGUGGCGGUUGUGUUUACAGACGGCAGGUCUGAUGUACGGGAUCGCAAAUCACUGGCUUCCCUUUGCACCGUACCCAACAUGAACGUAAUUGGGAUAGGCAUUGGCGACAUAUUCAAAAGAGCUCCGCAUAUGAAGGCGCUUCAAGAAAUCACCUGCCAAGGCAAAAAGGCCCAAGGGAUGCAAGUUCUCAUAAGAGAAUACCAUGAGCUACUGGAGGAAUCUGUCUUUGAAAAUAUCACUAAGUACAUUUGCAAAGAUUCGGUAUGUCCGGAUUUCACUUGUCAAGUUGAAUUUGAAGAACCUACAGACAUCGUGUUCUUGAUGGACGGGUCCAGCAGUGUUGGCUAUGAAAACUUUGAAAAAGUGAAAGUGUUUGUUAAAAUGGCAAUUUCCCAGAUCUUGUCAGAAGAAAUGAACCUCAAUAAAAUGCUCAGGGUUCUGGUGAUUCAGUAUAGCGGUACAGGGAUGCAGAAGGUUGAGCUUCCUUUCACCAUCGAUUUGGAGGAUGCAGUGUCACGUGUGUCAGCAAUAACUUAUAUGGAUGAAUCAACCGAUCUACCAGAUGCUUUGAGAUACCUUAUGAACUUUCUGAGGAGUAACGGACGUCCCAGUGUUGUUAGAAAGAUCAUUGUUUUCUCUGAUGGUAGGUCCUCAGGAAGUGCGCAAAGCCAGAUUGCAGCACAGGCCGCAACAGCUUUAAACCCUAAAACUGAGCUGUUUGCUGUUGCUGUGGGAAUAUUCCAUGAGGUAGGAAUUUGCCAACUGGUAAGUGGGAAGGAAAAGAAUUUCAACUUUAACCAAAUCGAGAACAAAGUGUUCCGUGUUUCCGAAUACAACAAUCUAUUAAAAAGGAUCACGUUGCAGAGCUUCUUGAAGAAAAUUACGUAAUGAACAUAGGAAGAAAAAGAGUUGGAAGGCAUAUUGCAUUUUGUUGUUAUUUUUAAUUUGUCUAGUUGUAUACAAUGCGGCAAGCAUGUUGGGAUUUCUGUUAAUGAACAGUGUAGAACAAAUGGAGAGUUAUUAAAGCAAUGUUAACUUCCACUAAAAA